GUUGAGCUGCUGAGUGCUGCCUUCCUGAACCGACACAGACUGGGAAACCAUCAAAUACAGUUCAUUCAGCCUGAGCCAAAGACUCACAGAGUAUCAGAACUAAUAACCCUGAACUAAAGAGGAAUCUGCUAAGAUUUAUUCCAAGAUGAAAACUGGAGCAAAUCAACAUUCUCUGUCCAUUGGAGGAGGUUUCAGCUGCCUGUGGCUCUUCACUAUCAUGGUCUAUGAACUAAUGCUGGUAGGAAGAAUCAAUGGCUGGACUUAUCAUCAUAUUAAAGAAAAUAUGGAAUGGACCAAGGCAAGAGAUUUCUGUCAAGAACACUACACCGAUAUGGUUGCCAUCCAAAACAAAGCCGAAAAUCAAUAUUUGAAUGACUUUCUGCCCUUCGUUCCCUCUUACUACUGGAUUGGGAUAAGGAAAGUCAACAGUGUUUGGACCUGGAUUGGUACCAACAAGACCCUGACCAAAGAGGAAACCAACUGGGCUCCUGUAGAACCCAACAACAAGGGCAAAAAUGAAGAAGACUGUGUAGAAAUUUACGUUAAAAGGAAGCAAAACCCAGGGAUGUGGAAUGACAUUUCCUGCACUAGGAAGAAGAAUCCUUUGUGCUAUCAAGCUUCAUGCCAGAACUCUACAUGCAGUAGUCAUGCAGAAUGUGUGGAGACUAUUGGAAAUUAUACAUGUAGGUGCGAUAAAGGAUACUAUGGAAUAAACUGUGAGCACGUGGUUGAGUGCAAUGAUCUUCUGGCUCCUGAACGUGUGAUCAUGGACUGCACCGAUCCGAUUGGAAACUUCCGCUACUCCUCUACAUGUGAUUUCCACUGUGAGGCAGGGUUUACCCUGAAAGGGAAACAGAGAGCACAGUGUGCUGAGACAGGACUCUGGACGGAACAGACACCCACCUGUGAAGCUGUUAAGUGCAGAGACCUGGAGACUUCUGUGGUAGGAUCCAAGAAGUGCUCAGAUCCCUUGGGAGAUUUCAGCUACAACUCAACCUGUGACUUUAGCUGUGAUGAAGGGUUUGAGCUCCGUGGGUUAAGGAGACUGGAGUGUGGAGCCUCUGGAGAAUGGACAGCACAGACACCCUCCUGUACAGCUGUAAAAUGCAGCCACUUGGAGACUCCAGCACAAGGGAUCAUGGAAUGUAACCAUCCCACAGGAGACUUCAGCUUUAACUCAACCUGUGACUUUAGCUGUGCUGAAGGGUUCGAGCUCCUUGGGUUAAAGAGCCUGGAGUGUGGAGCCUCUGGAGAAUGGACAGCACAGACACCUUCCUGUGCAGCUGUAAACUGCAGCCGCCUGGAGAUUCCAGCACAAGGGAUCAUGGAAUGUAACCAUCCCACAGGAGACUUCAGCUUUAACUCAACCUGUGACUUUAGCUGUGCUGAAGGGUUCGAGCUCCUUGGGUUAAAGAGCCUGGAGUGUGGAGCCUCUGGAGAAUGGACAGCACAGACACCUUCCUGUGCAGCUGUAAACUGCAGCCGCCUGGAGAUUCCAGCACAAGGGAUCAUGGAAUGUAACCAUCCCACAGGAGACUUCAGCUUUAACUCAACCUGUAACUUUAGCUGUGCUGAAGGGUUCGAGCUCCUUGGGUCAAAGAGCCUGGAGUGUGGAGCCUCUGGUGAAUGGACAGCACAGACACCCUCCUGUGCAGCUGUGAGAUGUGAUGCUCCAGAGAUUCCGAAUAGUGGAGGCAUGAACUGCUCCCAUCCGAAUGGAAACUUCAGUUAUAGUUCGACUUGUAACUUUGGCUGCAUGGACGGGUUCUGGCUGAAUGGUUCAGAGAGCCUCAAAUGUGACUCCAAUGGAGCCUGGACAGGACCUGCGCCAACCUGCCAAGAUUCUUCUCCUAAACUCAGCAUUGAGAAUCACAUACCCAUACUCCUAGCCUCUGGAGGUUUAAGUCUCAUCUCUGCCGUGAGUGUCAUAAUUUGGAUUGCAAAACAGCUCCGAAAGAAAGCAAAAGCAUCAAAGUUUUCCCUUCUAAGUGAUACACAGAAUAAACCACCGGGAAUUUACAAGUCGAACAGUGAGGUUUAGUCAUCAUAUGCACAGGUCGUUCAUAAUUUUAUUGGAAGAAAAGUCGAGAGAGAAAAAGCUUUUUGAAGUUUUCCAAGAAUCAUUGGGUUUGCACCCCAGACCUUCCAAAGAACCGUCUAACAAUGAGGUGGAUCUAAAUUCACUUAAGAUAAAAUUGGACUGGACUUUCAGCAUUCAGAACAAACUACGCUGUUCAGAAACGUUUUGCCCAAAUACCAAGCUUCUCUGUAGAGCUAUAGUCUUUGAAAGACAUUUACUGAGAUACAAUGUAAGACUUAUUCCUAUUAGGGUCAUAAUGGGAUCAUAUUAAUUGUUUUGGCAAAUCGGGUAUAGGCACCUUUCUGUGUAGAACUGACAAUGUGUUAACCACAUAAAGUAUUUCACCUUAGAGGGCCAAGCGUGGGUUAUUGUAUGAUCAAUGCAAAGUUGCUUGUUGGCUCAGCAACUAUGGUGUCAGUGCAGUUUUAUUUCUGCACUAUUUGCUGUCCAAGUAGCCAGUUAGAGGAUUCCUACAAUUUAUUCACUGAGACAAGUGAAAAUUUGUGGUGAGUAAUUGCAUUCACCCUGAUGCUCCCACUCAGCCCACCCGAAUCCUGCAUUCAAUGUUCUGUCUUCAGUAAGUCUACUUCCAGGGUACUAAUUGGCUCAGGAGACAAUUUUCCUUCAAUAUUUCUCUUGUCUCUGCUCUAGUUCCAGUUCCAGUUGAUGGUGCUGUUGAGUUGAGAUAAGAACUGUAGGUGUUGGGCAUGCUGCAAUCUGAGUUGUCAUUGCUGCAUUCACUCUUGCAACAAACAUCAUCACAAAUCUUUGAGUGUCCCAGCUACAACCCCAAUCUAACUGCAAUUUAACCUUUAUGAAAACAAAGCCUGAAAAGAGCUGAUGGGUUAACAAAUAGACAUUGAGCUGGUUGCAAUUCUAAUGAAGUAAGAGUUAAGCAGCACAUUGUGAACCAAUUGAAUGGUUCUUUAUCUGCACAAAUGUAUUACAAUGUAAUACAAGGAUGCAAUACAAAAAUGUAUUAUGACUGGUAUAUUAAUUCAGUACAGUGGCCCCAAAGUGUCUUCGGGCUCAGGAUAAUAAUUGAAAAUUGCGCACCGUCCAGAUUUGGUUUGAAUCUAGCUUGCCCAAUUUAAUAUGUAUGUUACAUGUAAGUAAAUUAUAUUUAUUUUUAGUUUAUUUAAUUCCUUCCUCUGGGAUGUGCCAAGAGAUAGGAUGUUUGGAUGAAGUGUUAAGAUUUUCCAUGUUAGUAUAAUCAUUUAGACUCAGGUUCUCCUGGUUGAUGUAACAACCAUACAAAGGUUUUGUAUCUGUGUUGUGCAACUCAGAACUGCCAGGAUGUACAAGUUCUCUUUCUCUCUUUUUGCAUUAAUUUCUACGUGUUCCUCAAAAUCCAACUGGAGGAAAAACUCACCAUUGUUCAGCCUUGCUUCUUUCCAUUAACAAUGCAAACUAACUCAGUUUAGUCAUGUGAGCAAAAAUGUAGCAAUGUCUACCAAAAAAAAGCACUGGUUUUGUUCCCAGCAUUAAGAAUUUUUUGCGGCUCGUUCAUCAGAGCUUCUAAUUUCACAGAGAAAGCUGACGUCACAUUUUUCAGUGACUUCCAAUCUUUCAGUGAAAAAAUUUGACAAGAUCUUCGCCUGACAAAAUCUCUGCUAAGUAUAGAGUGUAGAACAUGUAAAAGCAUCAUUUUCAGUGAGGUUAUGCAUUAAAUGUGUUUGUUGAAUUUAAAGUGGGAAAAUUGUCUGCUUAUCUGUGUGUGUGUGUGUUUGUAUGAAAUGAAACAACACAUCAGACAGUUUAACAACAAUAAAUGUAUAUAUGUAUAAGGCACUUUUCUGGUCGGGAAGAUGUCCCAAGGCCUUUAGAUCUGCAUGUUAAACCUGGCCUGUGUUUUAAAACCCAGCCCAUUUGAAAGCAUUAUGUAUGAAAGUGGAAAAUAAAGAAAGGUGUUGUUUAAAUGAUUUUAUGCUACUGUAUUUGUGUAUGUAAUGUGGCUUAUUUGAGGUGGAUUCAAUAACUUAUUUGUAUAAGUUGAAACCACACCUGUAUGAAUUUGUAUGUUAAUUAUAAUAA